CACACAUGCAUAUACACACUGUUAAUUGAUAACCAGGGUUUAUGGCGACGGGGAGCUUCUAGUUUCACCAGCAUGCUUCAGAGGACACAUGAGAUAAUAAUGUCUGCUCCUGAUGACAGUGAGCCAGUCGACAGCAUGUACGAGACAGCGCCCGGCCUCCAGGGGGCGCCGUCAGGGGGAGGCGGCGGCGACAGCGGCGAGGAGGAGAACGAAGACGGCAUCGUGUCCCCCGUUCCCAUCGAGGGGCACCCCGCCAUGUCCCCCCAGCACCCCAACAACCACCUGCACCCCCACCUGCACCCCCAUCCCCUACUUCACCACCGCCACCACAGCAACAACAGCAACAGCAAUGACGAGGACUUCACGCCCAAGGAGGGCUCACCCUACGAGGUGCCCGUCUACAUUCCCGAUGACAUUCCCAUCCCCAGUGACCUGGAGCUGCGGGAGUCCUCGGUCCCCGGAGCCGGUCUGGGGAUAUGGGUCAAGAGCCGCAUCACGACGGGCGAAACGUUCGGGCCACACAGCGGACUUCAGAGCACCACGGACAAAGACGGCUCCUUUGGAUGGGCGCAGAUGCUGAGUGACCAUGAGGCAACCUCCCCUGAUAGCUGCAUCAAAAAGGUGGUGGAUGACAUGGGCAAUGUCAAGUUUUGUGUGGACCCAGGCUCAGAGGCAGCCAGUGGCAGCUGGCUCAAGUACGUCCGCACUGCCCCCUCCUUUGACGAGCAGAACCUGGCUGUCUGUCACCUCAGUGGAGACCAGAUUUAUUAUAAAGCUAUUAGGGAUAUUGAAGUCGGGGAGGAGCUUCUGGUUUAUAUGAAGGACGGAAUUUUCCCCGAGGGAUCGAUGGCACCGAAUCUAGAAGACGAGCAGAUGUACCGCUGCGAGGACUGUGACGAGUUGUUCACCUCGGCCCUGGAGCUGCGACGGCACCAGAAGUACUCGUGCUCCAGCGCCGGCUCCAUCUUCGACACACUCAGUGAAGACUUCAAGCAGGAGCGUGAGGACAGCGAUGAGGCAAUCCACGAGUGCAAAGACUGCGAGAAGAUCUUCCCCAAUGAGUACAGUCUGGGCCAGCACAUGAUCGUACACACAGAGGAGAGAGAGUACAAGUGUGACCAGUGUCCCAAGGCCUUCAACUGGAAGUCCAACCUCAUUCGCCACCAGAUGUCCCACGACAGCGGCAAGCGCUUUGAGUGUGAAAACUGUGAUAAGGUGUUCACUGACCCUAGCAACCUGCAGCGCCACAUCCGCUCCCAACACGUAGGGGCGCGUGCCCACACCUGCCCUGAGUGUGGCAAGACGUUCGCCACCUCCUCAGGCCUCAAGCAGCACAAGCACAUCCACAGCAGUGUCAAACCCUUCAUCUGCGAGGUGUGCCACAAGUCCUACACACAGUUCUCCAACCUCUGCCGUCACAAGCGCAUGCAUGCCGACUGUCGCACACAGAUCAAGUGCAAGGACUGCGGCCAGAUGUUCAGCACUACCUCCUCCCUCAACAAGCACCGGCGGUUCUGUGAGGGCAAGAACCAUUAUGGUGCUCCGGGGGGCAUGUUUACUACGGGCAUACCCAUGAGUUCCAGCCCCAUCAUGGCCAAGUCCAAGUCCCACCAUCCCCAUCUCCCGGGCCUCAACCACUCGGGCCUGGGCUUCGCCGACUACUUCCCCUCUCGACCUCACCCUCAUGCUGGGCUACACUUCUCCACUGGCCAUCCUGGCUUCCCCUCCCUCUCACACGGCUUCCCAGGCAUCUUCCCUCCAUCACUGUACCCCCGGCCUCCAUUACUGCCCCCCAGCCCACUCCUGAAGAGCCCCCUUGGAGGCAGCCAGGACGGCAAGCUGCCCAGAAGCCCCUUAGACAUCCCUCCACUGUCCCUGGUCAACUCCUUGAACAGUAGCAAUGGAGGAAGUGUCCUCGGUGGUGGUCAGGGAGAGAGCAAGGAGGCCAAGCUGGACCUGUCCUCCUAUGGGGAGGCGAAAGCCAAGAACAAGAUGGCGGACCUCUCAGACGGCAGCGAUCUAGAAGACGUAAACACCACGAGUGGCACGGACCUGGACACCACCACUGGCACCGCGUCAGGCUCCGACCUGGACAGUGACGGUGAGAGCGAGCGUGAGCGAAGCGGCAAGAGGAGGAAGUCUUCGGGCACGACGGCAGGACAAGAGGCUAGCCGUACAGACGACAUGAGCAGUGGUUCCAUCUCAGCCGUGUCCAGCUCAGGCAACCUGGCCUGCGACCGCCCCUUCCUGUCCUCCGCCUCUUCCCAGCAUUCCUUCUUCCCACCACCAGACGAGCAAGCGCUACCUCCCACCGGCGCAAACGCAGCCACCACCGACUCCAUCAAGGCCAUCGCCUCCAUCGCUGAGAAGUACUUUGGUCCAGGCCUAAUGGGCCUGCAAGAGAAGAAGAUGGGUCCUCUGCCCUACCAUUCCAUGUUCCCCUUCCAGUUCCUGCCCAACUUCCCCCACUCCCUCUACCCCUUCACUACAGACCGGGGAACUCUCAACCCUAGCAUGUUUUUCAAGUCCGAGCCCAAGUCGCCCCGCGAGCAGCUGCACAAGAUAGUCAGUGGGGGGCCAGGUGCCACCCCUACAGGGGAGUCACCCUUCGACCUCACCACAAAGUCCAAGGAGGCCAAGACCACCCCUCCCACCCCUACCAAGCCCGCUCCUCCGAGCAGCGGCAGUGGGCCCAACCCACCUACGGGUGGGGAGGAGCAGCCACUGGACCUCAGCAUCAGCAACCGUAGUCGGUCCAGCCACAACGGAGUCUCCUCAGAGCAGCAUAACCGCAAGAACAAUGCCUAUACAGGCAAGGGGGGUCCUAACAAGGCCCUGGCCCAGCCGCCCCAGCAGCCCCCCCUGCACUACGCCAAGCCCUCACCCUUCUUCAUGGACCCCAUAUACAGCAGGGUGGAGAAGAGGAAGCUACUAGACCCAGUAGGAGCUCUGAAAGAGAAAUACCUGAGGCCGUCCCCUCUACUCUUCCACCCACAGAUGUCAGCCAUGGAGAACAUGACCGAGAAGCUAGAAAGCUAUGGAGCCCUAAAACUGGACGCCCCGCCCAACUCACUGCAGCACUCAGCCCACCCGCUCUUUAACUUCCGCUCGCCGCCCCCAUCCCUCUCCGACGCCAUCCUCCGCAAGGGCAAGGAGCGCUACACCUGCAGGUACUGUGGGAAGAUCUUCCCCAGGUCAGCUAACCUCACCAGGCACUUACGAACACACACAGGGGAGCAACCCUACAGGUGUAAGUACUGUGACCGCUCCUUCAGCAUCUCCUCCAACCUCCAGCGACACGUGCGCAACAUCCACAACAAGGAGAAGCCCUUCAAGUGUCACCUGUGCAACCGUUGCUUUGGCCAGCAGACCAACCUUGACCGCCAUCUCAAGAAGCACGAGCACGAGAACAUUCCUGUGAGUCAACACUCCGGGAUCCUCUCCAAUCUGGGAACCAACAUCUCCUCCCCCAACUCCGAGCCAGACAAUCAUGCACUUUUAGAUGAGAAGGAGGAUUCCUACUUCUCGGAAAUCCGGAACUUCAUUUCCAACAGCGAGCUAAACCAGGCGUCCAGCUCCACAGACAAAAGGUCAGACCCUCAGGAAGAGGAGCGUCCUCAGAGCCACAGCCUAUCCAACUCCAAGCUGGGGGUCCGGGGGCUGGAGGACGAAGAGGAGGAGGCAGAGGGUGAUGAUGAGGAAGAGGAGGAAGGCAGCCUGACGGAGAAGUCUCAAGAUGAGGGGCCAGAGUCCCCCUCCCCGGUCGCCAUGACGACAGGGGCGUAUGAGGAGGAGGAUGAGGAGGAGCAGGAGGCCGCUCCACUGGCCAUGAGCUACGAACACACCCGCAGGUGUAUAGAGGAGGAGGGCUCCCUGUUGGACCUGGAGGGCCUCCCCAGCUUCCCCAAGGGCCUGGAGGCGCUACGUAAGGCCAGCGAGGAGCCCCCUUUUGACGUUAAAGACAUAUUUAACACCUCGCUAGAGUCGGAGGCUUUGAAAGAAACGCUGUACAGGCAGGCUAAAACCCAGGCUUAUGCAAUGAUGCUGUCUCUGUCAGAGAACAACCCUUUGCACGCAUCCUCCCAGAACUCUCUGGACGCAUGGCUGGGCAUGGGGAGCGGUCCGUCAGAGACGAGCAGCUUUCACCCACUCAACCACAUCUAGGAGAGAGAGAUGGAGGAAAGGAGGCAAGGAGGCGAGGAGCAGGGGACAGUAGUAACACAAUGAAGAGAACCAGAGACUGAGAAAAAAAGACAAAGAGGCUGGAAGAUGGAAGAGAAUUCAACAUUACACACUUUUAUGCCCGAGAAGACAGGACUUGUGCAGGGGAGCGUGUGUUUGUGUGUAUGCGUGUGUGUGUUUGUUUGUGAGAUUAUGUCUGUGUGUGUGUGACGGGCCUCACAGAUUGACAGACUCUCGUAGAGAGCUAGCACUGCCCAGCCCCAGUAGAUGUGAAGGACAUGAACACACACAUCUCAACCAGCUGUGCUGUUCUCCAACUCCAAUCUACAAAACCCACUCAGUCACUAUGGAGCCCUAUGGAAGACAUUCACAUGGACGGUCAAGUAUGAGUGUUUCACCCAGAGACUACUUUCACUACCAUGUCUAAAUCCACACAGUCUACCACAACAACACCCAGUUAGAAAAUAUUUGGAAUGUGUUUACUGCAUGUCCAUGGGGUAGUGUUCUUUCAACAGGUGGAAGGAGCAACAAUAGCCACAUAGUGGGCGUGUACUAGUGAGUCGCAUAAACCCCUUGUUAUGUCUCAUUUCUUCAUGCUCUUCAUUCCUGUUUCAACUAUAACUACACAAUAAAUUAUGUCACAAUACAAUACAUUCUGGGUUUUGUUACGUAGUACCAGACGAUGUAUAUGGCUGAUUUUAAAUGAUAAUGUUAUAAUGAUACCCAUUUACACAAUGUUUGUUGCAGAGGACAAAUUCUCAGUUUUAAAAAGUUGUCCAGUUUGAUUGAGUUAUCGGAUGACAAAUUAGGUUGGAAUGACAUUUCUUACUCGGUUGUUCAUGCUAUUUGUUAAUUUUAUUUUCCAUUUCAUGUUUUUUUUUUCCUUUUUUUUCUUUGUUAAAACAGUAUUGUUUCUUUUAGGCACUUCUGUGCUAAAAUGUUAAUAUAAUUAUUUUUAGUGAAGGACCAAAUUGUAUGAUAUUGUUGUAUGAUGUACAAAAUAACCUAGACGUUCAUAGCAAGAGUGGUAUGUGCCAAAUAACCCAUAGAAAAUGUUUUGUUUUCUGACAAUCAUUUCUUUUUCAAGGGGUUUGCAUUGCUGUCAUAGUCGUUUUGUUGUUAUUACCCUCUUAUGUAUUUGAUUUCAAGAGUGUGUGUAUUCAUUUAUUUAUUUUGGUUUUGUCCUAAUUGGAGAAGAGUGACAAAUGAAAGAAAAAAAAAGUCAUUUUAUCCCUCUUGUUGCUGAAGGAAUGAACAUCAAACAAGACAUGAUUGAGAUUCUGAAUCUUUGGUUUUGGCUGUGUUUGUGUAUAGAGCAGUGUGCCAAAAUGGAAACAACCCACAAAAUCACCUGUUUAAUUUAUAGUGACAGUAUAGUUCAAGGUAGUUUAAAUCAUGUUUUGAAAUGUUGUGUCUUUUGUAAGGUUUGGUUUGUCUUGCUUCAGUUUAACCAUUUCAAGCAGUAUGCUUAGUGUUUUGUGUUCAAAAUGGUUGAAGUCUUACAGCUGCAAUUUUAGGCAGCCUUCCCAAUUGUCAGGUGACUUGGCCGCCGGAGCAUUGUAUUUUUUUUUAAAUUACUAAUCAAAAGUUUUGUAGGCAAAUCUAUGUCUUACAACUAAGAUAGAGAUCUCACUAAAUUACUUUAACAUCAAAAUCCCUUUUGCAUCAAAUCCUACUGCAGAAGUUAUUCUACUUUUAAAUGCAAAUAUUCUUUAUCAAUUCAAAUGCCUAGUGGUAUAUAGUGUUGACUCAAGACAUUUUAUCUUAACUCAGAAGCAAUGGACAAUUCGUCAUUUUUUUCAUUGUUAGAAUGUUUAUCUGGGAUUUGGCCUUAACUAUGGUUGAUUCAGAUCAGAGAGUGGUUUUAGUAUCUGUCAGGGGGUUUAAGACCCAAUACUUGAACUGUGAAAGCAGCAACUCAAUAGUCCAGUACACCCAGCAUCUUUGAUAAAUACACACAAUGUAUAGGUCUUACAGAACCCAAGCAUUAUGACACUCAUUAAGACAACUAAGAUCAAAUCAACCUUUGGCUACAUUGCCUGGGUGAGUGUCUAUGCUCCUGAAAGACCCAAAACAUGUCUGAUAAUGUGUCCAAGAGCAUUGAGAAGUGUAUUUAUUAAAUCUAUCUUCUUCAAUUUCAGAUUUUUGAUGAUUACCUAUCACCUUGUCACCCCAUCUUUUUGGGACCAUUUCCCAAAAUGGAUCCUAAUGUAGAGAUGGCACUUAUAAUAUGAAUAUUCAUGUGAUAGUAACCUGCCAUGUGUUCUGUAGCCUUGGCUUAGGUGUAUUACUACUUUCAGGACAAGACAUUAUAAUGUAUGUUCAGGCCAGCACUUAAACACAUGGGUCCAAAUAUCAAACUCUGUAUGGUCUCUGAAGCAAGGUGGGAAUUUUCAAGACUGCUUUUAGGUGGAAUGGUCAACUUACAGUCAAAAUGACUUUUGAAAAAAAAAAAAAAAACAUUAACUGAAGCACUGUAAUUUUCAUUUUUGACAGCA